UCAUUCCGUGUUAAAAUGGCAACAAUUCCCCUUUCCAAACUAAUAAACAACUUAAAAACUAAUCAAACAUUUUUACGCUCGAAAUUUGGCGCCAAACGCGCCCCCUACCGGUACCUGUACAAAAGCAAACCCGCCGUGACGUCCCAAAUUGGCGGGAAUCGCAGCUUGCACUCAUCUCAAAAUUUCACGUGUGUUAAAACUCCGUUUUGUGCUCAUUCAACCUUCACAAUGUUCAGCACGUCGUCAACCCCUAACCAAAAAAGCUCCACCCUCUUGGUCGACGACCGCAAAGAAAACAUCCCCGACAACGUGCAAGACAUCGGCGACACUCACAUCGAGAAAGCCCCGCGGCCCCACGACGAGCACCAAUACCUAAACCACAUCAAACUCAUCCUCGACAAAGGAAUCAAAAAAUGUGACCGGACCGGCGUGGGGACUUACUCGCUUUUUGGGGCGCAGAUGCGCUACUCGUUGCGCGACAACGUGUUCCCCCUUUUGACCACAAAGCGCGUGUUUUGGCGCGGGGUGGUGGAAGAGCUGCUGUGGUUCAUCAAGGGGUGCACGAACGCCAACGAGCUCAGAGAUAAAGGUGUGCAUAUUUGGGACGCUAAUAGCACGAGGGAGUUUCUGGACUCGGCGGGGCUGCAGCACCGCGAGGAGGGCGACUUGGGGCCGAUUUACGGGUUCCAGUGGCGCCACUUCGGGGCGGAGUACAAGGGGAUGCAUGCCAGUUAUAAGAAUCAGGGGAUUGAUCAGUUGGCCCAUGUCAUCAAUACCAUUAAGAAUAAGCCGAGCGAUAGGAGGAUCAUCAUGUGUGCCUGGAACCCGGUGGAUAUUCCAGAAAUGGCGCUGCCGCCUUGUCAUUGCUUGGUACAGUUUUUUGUGGCGGAUGAUGAGCUGUCGUGUUUGUUGUACCAGAGGUCGGCGGAUAUGGGGCUAGGGGUCCCUUUUAAUAUCGCUAGUUAUGCACUGUUGACUUAUAUGAUUGCGCACGUCACGGGAUUGAAGCCAGGAGAGUUCAUCCACACUUUAGGCGACAGCCAUGUGUAUUUGAACCACGUUGAACCCUUGCAAGAACAACUAAAACGGGUCCCGAGAGCCUUCCCCACUCUGAAUAUUAAAAGACAAGUGGCUAACAUUGAAGACUUCGUUUUCGACGAUUUCGAGCUCGUUGGAUAUAAUCCCCACCCGAAAAUCAACAUGCCCAUGGCAGUUUAAAGCACCAAAAGCUAGAAUCUAUAUUUUAUAAGUCGUACCAAAUAUGUUAUACAUCAUUUUUUAUUUUAUAUGUAUUGAAUAAAAUACUUGAAGGA